UAUUAACAUAUCCUACUUCCGCAUUGGAACAUGGCGACUUGCAUUGGCAUAGUUGCAAGGCUUGGCACAUUGAAUGUCCUUAAACCGGUUUCAAGACACUUUGCAAAGCAGGGAAUAAAUGUAUUUACUCCCAGCCGCUCCACUCAUGAGUUGCGAAGUAGUCUGUAUGAACAUGUACGCGAUGGCUACAGUGACAAACCAGACCUGGACAUGCGACUUGUGUGCGAAGAGACUGACCAGGUCAUUGCCAAUGUGGAGAGUCGUAAAGGUGAUCUGCGGGGCGAAGAUGUCAGGGAGAUUGUGUGUGUUUGGAAGCAGCUUGAAGCCGUGCGCAGGGACAUCACCCAGCUGGAGGAGCAGAAGAAAGUGAUCAGCGACAGAGUGCGGGCUCUUGUGGAUCAGAAUGACAAGAAGACCCUGGCUAAUAUUCCGGAGUUCCAGCAGGCGACCAGGGAGGGGCGGGACAUCCGCCUGCGGCUGGUUCAGCUGUACCCACGGGAGAGUGAGCUGGAACAGGAGCACUACAACCGAGCCCUAAGACUGCCCAACACUACACACCCUGAUGUGCCAAUCGGAGAUGAGAGCCAAGCAAGAGUGUUGGAGCUGAUUGGACAGAAGCCUGUGUUUGCCUUCAAACCCAGGGGGCACCUAGAGAUCGGGGAGGAGCUGGGUCUUAUCAGACAGAGGCGUCUAGCUCACAUCUCAGGUCACAGGUCGUACUAUCUCAGGGGAGCAGGGGCCAGACUCCAGUCGGCCCUUCAGAACUUUGCCCUGGAGACUCUGCAGCGACGGGGGUUCAUACCAAUGGUAGUUCCGGAUAUUCUGAAGGGGGCUGUGUUUGAGGGUUGUGGGAUGCAGCCCCACGCCCACAGGUCUCAAGUGUACUCUCUAGACCCCACCCAGUUCCCUGACCUGAAUCUGGCCGGCACUGGGGAGGUGGGCAUAGCAGGCUAUUUCAUGGACCACGCUGUUAACCAAAAGGACCUGCCUGUCAGGUCAGUGUGCAGCAGCACCUGUUACCGGGCUGAGACCGACACCGGCCGGGAAACCUGGGGUCUUUACCGGGUACACCACUUCAACAAGGUGGAGAUGUUCGGCGUGACCGCGGAUGAGACGGGGGACGAGAGCUCUCAGAUGCUGGAGGAGUUCCUCUGCCUGCAGAAGGAGAUCUUCUCGGCCCUGGAUCUUCACUACAGAGUGCUGGACAUGCCAACUCAGGAGCUGGGUCGUCCAGCACACAGGAAAUACGACAUUGAGGCCUGGAUGCCAGGGAGGAACAGCUUUGGAGAGAUCUCCAGCGGUUCCAACUGCACCGACUAUCAGAGUCGACGCCUCAACAUUCUCUAUGAGCGGGAAGACGGCAGCCUGCAGUAUGCUCACACGGUCAAUGCCACAGCAUGCGCUAUUCCUCGUACCAUCAUUGCUAUACUGGAGACUCACCAGACCAAGGAGGGGACGGUGCUUGUUCCUCCGGCUUUGCAGCCCUACCUUGGUUUAGAGGUGAUUGAAAAGCCAAAAUACUCUCCUUUGACAUACAUUGGACCAAACCAGCCCAAUCGCAUAUGCCGCCCUGUCUCGAAGCUCAGAUGACAUCACUGACACACAGAACAACCCUGUUUUCCUUACGGAUGUUCACUGCUUCUGUGUAGCUAGGCCAUGUAAAUAUACUUAUAUCACAGUACUGUUUGUGAAUGUGUCAAGAUGACAUUGAAUGUUUGUCUCUUCAAAAUAAACUAUUAAACAAAGAUG